AUGGAUUUGGUCAACCACUUAGAAGGUCGGCUUCUGUUCGCUGUGCCUAAGAAGGGCCGGUUGAAUGGCGCUGCCCUGAACCUCCUCGAGGGAGCCGACAUCCAGUUCCGAAGAGAGAACCGACUAGACAUAGCUCUUGUUAAGAACCUCCCCAUCGCCUUGAUUUUCUUACCCGCUGCCGAUAUCCCGACAUUUGUAGGUGAAGGUCGAGUGGAUCUCGGAAUCACUGGAUUCGAUCAAGUUCAAGAGCACGAUGCCGGCGUCCGCGCCAUAAACCGCAAGCGAAGGUUCUCGGGUGAAAUAACUCCCGAAGAAGAGAGUGCGCGCGGAAGCUCUAGUUCUGGUUGUGAGACGGUCAUGGAUCUGGGUUUUGGUGCCUGCAAGCUGCAAGUCCAGGUUCCCGACAAGGGAAGCUAUGCCACGCCGAAAGAUCUCAUUGGCAAAAACAUUGGAACAAGCUUUGUCCACUUGGCAGAGAAAUACUUUGCAGAUCUAGAGAUUGAGGAAGAAGGUGAAGCCAACGGUAACUUCAAUGGCAAGAUACGAACGACCAUCAUCGAGCUGAGUGGCAGUGUCGAGGCUGCUUGUGCACUGGGAGUUGCUGAUGGUAUCGUGGACCUUGUUGAAUCUGGCGAAACGAUGAAGGCUGCCGGGUUGAAGGCUAUUGACACUGUUGUUGAGUCGACCGCUAUCCUGAUAAAGUCGCGAUCGCCUAGUAAUCCAGCCAUGGUCGAUCUCAUUGCGUCUCGAAUCCGUGGCGUGAUUACGGCACAGAGAUACGUCCUAUGCCAAUACAACGUACCAAGGUCUUUACUCAGCCAGGCAUCAAAAAUCGCACCAGGAAAGCGUGCCCCAACUGUUACGACGCUCGACGAAGAAGGAUGGGUGGCCGUAAGCGUCAUGGUUGAGAAGAAGAAGAUCGCACCUGUGAUGGAUGACUUGGCCAAGGUGGGAGCUACUGAUAUUUUGGUCCUGUCCAUUGCGAAUACGCGAAGCAGUUAG